AGCCAGCCAGCACGGCGUGCAGGGCUGGCGUGCCAGGCCUUGUCCCACAGCUGUGCCCCGCUUUGCAGGCCUGCAGUGCGUGUGCCAGCUGUGCGAGCACACCAACUUCACCUGCCAGACGGAGGGCGCCUGCUGGGCCUCGGUGAUGCUGACCAACGGGCGCGAGGAGGUGGUCAAGUCCUGCGUGUCCCUGCCCGAGCUCCACGCCCAGGUCUUCUGCCACAGCUCCAAGAACAUCACCAAGACCGAGUGCUGCUACACCGACUUCUGCAACAACAUCACGCUGCGCCUGCCGCUCGGUCUGCCUCUGCUGGUCCAGAGAACCAUCGCCAGGACGAUUGUGCUGCAGGAAAUCGUGGGGAAAGGGCGGUUUGGCGAGGUCUGGCACGGGAAGUGGUGCGGGGAGGACGUGGCUGUGAAAAUCUUCUCCUCCAGGGACGAGCGGUCGUGGUUCCGCGAGGCGGAGAUUUACCAGACCGUCAUGCUGAGGCACGAGAACAUCCUGGGCUUCAUCGCUGCUGACAAUAAGGAUAACGGGACGUGGACUCAGCUGUGGCUUGUCUCCGAGUACCACGAGCAGGGCUCGCUGUUCGACUACCUGAACAGGGGCACGGUGACAGUGGAGGGCAUGGUCAGGCUGGCCCUGUCCGUGGCCAGCGGCCUGGCCCACCUCCACAUGGAGAUCGUUGGCACGCAAGGGAAGCCGGCGAUCGCACACCGGGACCUGAAAUCCAAGAACAUCCUGGUGAAGAGGAACGAGACCUGCGCCAUCGCCGACCUGGGGCUGGCGGUGAAGCACGACUCGGUGCUGAACACCAUCGACAUCCCCCAGAACCCGCGCGUGGGCACCAGGAGGUACAUGGCCCCCGAGAUCCUGGACGAUGCGAUGAACACGAACAUCUUCGAGUCCUUCAAGCGCGCAGACAUCUACUCCCUGGGGCUGGUGUACUGGGAGAUAGCCCGGAGGUGCCCCGUUGGAGGAAUCACUGAGGAAUACCAGUUGCCUUACUACGACCUUGUGCCUUCUGAUCCUUCGAUAGAAGAUAUGAGAAGGGUUGUCUGUGAACAGAAGCUCAGACCAAGUAUUCCAAACCAGUGGCAAAGCUGUGAGGCGCUGCGGGUUUUGGGCCGGCUGAUGCGGGAGUGCUGGCGCGCCAGCGGCGCCGCGCGUCUCACGGCGCUGCGCGUCAAGAAGACGAUCUCGCAGCUCUGCGUGCCCGAGGACUGCAAGGCCUGACAGCCCGCGGGGCGAGAGGCGUCCCGCUGUCCGUCCCUCCACCUGUGACAGUAUUUUUGUUUCUGGUCUACCUCAGAGGACGCGGUGCCCGAGGCAGAGCACCGAGCUCCGGUCCGGCCCUGGGACCAGGCAGCUCGGCACUCCCAGCCCGGGCUCGGCACAGCAAGUCCGUGACUUGCUCUGGCUUUUUUCGGUAAAUCAGACACCGGUGAAUGGCAGGAAGGAGCUUAAAGCAUCAUGACAGUGUAAAAAUACCUUUUGCUGUUGUGCUUUUCAUCCUUGUCAGACCCCAAACGUCCUGGAAGUGUCUGGUGUUGGUUAAAGCCUGUUUGUGAGACAAACCUCAUGCUCUGUCCUCAAACCGAGUAAAAGACCAAAUUAACCCAGCUUUUUACCUUUUAAAAAAAUUUUAUUUCAGGGAUCUGAAAAGGGGUUGUCAGUAAAUGCAUUUUGAAUGACUAUGUUUCUAAUGAACCAAGCAACUAGAAAAUACAGAAAUUCCACUAAGUGUGCACUCUGUGAGCAAAACCGAGUCAGUUCCCUAUUAACAUUUAUUUUUAUUGUCUCAAUUUCACAUGCAAUAUCAUGGUUAAAAUUUGAGUUGUUUUACUCUGUCUUUGGUUCAUUGAACAGAUCAAUGAAGGGACAACUUUUCCUUUUAACAAUUAUUAGGAAAAAUAAUAGAGGCAACAAUUUUCUGUUGGAUGUGAAGGGAUGGAACAAGAAAAAUUCUACCUAAACUGAGAAAAUAUUUAUUUUUAGCAACGUUUUUCCAAUCACUGGCAGCAUUUUUUUAGUGCCUUUUGAUGUAUGAGGGGGAAGCUUUAACAAAAGCCAAUGCAGCUUGUUUACAGGUUUCCUACAGAAUUCUGUAAGAGCACCAGGCUGGUGGUGAAUAUUUACAUUUCUGACCAGGUCUCCAUAAUGUCACAAGCCAGCAACGUGAGUUGUUGUGUUAAAAUUCAACAGUGUUCUGGCAUUUUGUGAAUUUUGGCCCACUCUGUGGCCCUCAUAUUUGAAUAUUGUGUUGGAGUAUUUUUAAUAGGCAAAAUUAUAAAUUUCGUAGUCUUAUGGUUCUUUACACGUUUCUAAAUCCAGCCGGCCCAUGGGAAUUAAUCCCAAAGACGUUUCCAGAACAGCAAAGCUUUGCAGAAAUGUGAUGUGGCCCCGCAGCUCCAUGGCAGGAGCGUUUGGGGCAAAUCUCCUCCCUGGAGCUGUUGUGGGGAGGAGCGUGCUAAACGUUCACGGAAUGCAGCGGUCAGCGGUGCCAUCCACGCUGCGGGCUCGGCUGCUGUGCUCACCCCCAGCUCGCUGUGGGUGCCUGCUGGCUGCCCUGGGUGGGCUUUGGGCAGUUUGCUGCUUGCAGAGCUCAUGCUGCAGGGCUCGGAGCGCUGCUGCCAGCGCUGCUGCAGGGCAGCUUCUCACACAGAGCCAGGGCUGGCCUGGGCCCCCACGGCAGCUGGACGGGGCUUGGAGCAGCCUGGUGUCCCCGGCCAAGGCAGGGAGGGGAAACGAGAUGAGCUUUCAGGUCUCUGCCGACCCAAACCAUUCUGGGGUUCCAUGAUUCAGUUCUUGUGUGCUUCAACGGCAUGAACUCCCCGUGGAGCUCAGUGGUGUGGCUUUGUGGGCUGUUUGAGGGGUGGUCUUGGCAGCUGCAUGAUCCACAGCCUGGUGCUGACUUGACUGUCAAAAACGUUUGCACAGCUAAGAUCCAGCACCUGUUCUUGUGGUAUGUACAAGAACAUACUUAUCUUAAAAAGGAAGAAUCAAAGCUUUAUUUUUUUAAGUAGGAAAAGAGUUUCAGUGUUCAGUCCCCCCCUGGAGUCUCUGAAAGUUGUUGACCAGCCCGGUAAUUUGAACAAGACUCUGUUGGUGCCUGGCUGGGAAGUGUGGGUGGAGGAUGCUCAGGCACAGCUACUCCUCACACAGCUCACAGCUCCAGCCCCAGAAGUGCUUUAACCUUUUCCCUGAACAUAUCUCUUGGCAUCAGACAUUAUGGUCUGUUUGCCCUGGCUUUUCACCCAACUCAGUAUUUUUGCUCUGGUUUUCUUUUCUCUUUUGUUGUUGAGAGAUGCAUGUACAAUUUGAUGAAUUGGAGUUGAGCAUAACUGAGCCAAGGGGCUGAUGUUGUUGUAUUGAGCUCUGAAAUGUUUGUAAACUCUACACUCCUUCAGAAAAGCUCCAAAGAACCCUUGUUUUAGUGGCCUUUCCCCUCCAUGUGGGUUUGUCCUGUUCUAAUUUAAGUACAGAGGUUAUGGCAAGACACUUCUGUGCAGUUUAGGGAGGCUUAGGUUUCCUCAGAGGUCACAGAGCUCCUGAUAAUUUUCACUUAAAGCAAAAGUUCUUAAGCUCAUGAAAAUUUUCAAGGUCAAGGAUGCUCAAAACCUGUUACCACAUUCAGCUUCUCUUAAUUGAUGCUUCUAACUGGGGGAAAUUACCAAUAUUUUAUAAUUUGCUUCUAAUAACAGUCUAAAGUUUAAUCUAGGGAUUAUGCACUGAAAGGGAAAGUUAAUUAAUGUUUUCUGUAACACCUAAUUUUUUUUUGUGUUACUUGAACUGCUGCCCUCACACACUCCUUUAGAAAUUGUCUGUAAUCUCCUCUGCACUUCCCUACUUUUAUAAUUUGCACUUAAUCAAGCUCAUUCCCUCACGUGACACUAUGAAGAGUCCUACAAUAUUUUAGUAAUUGCUGUGUCACUUCUUUGCUUGGUACUAGAUUCAGGAAUGACAAAUGAAUGAGUUUGGAAGUAUGCCCAGUCCCUGCUGGGGGUCUGGGCUUUGGCAGGGCAAGUUCCUCCCAGCCCCGCAGCUCCUGUGCCAGGGUGGGCUCCAGGCGGCCCCUGGCUCACGGGAGGGAGCAGUUUGGGCUUUGCCUGGGGCAGUGUCACAGGACAGGGCCGGGGUGGCACGGGGGGUCACGGUGGGCACACUCUGGUCACCUCCUGAGGGUGCAGGGGGGACAGGCACAGCUCCGUGUGCUGGUGAGGGUGCGGCUCAAAGCCCCUGCUGUGGGUCACUGGGGUCUGUGACACUUGGGGUGUCCCUGGGGUGUUCCUGGGGUGCCCCCAGCAGCACUGCAAACGUGUCCCCUCCCCUGCCUUGGCUGUCUCUGUGAUUCCAGGGACCAUCCCCACAGGCUGUGGGACCCCAGCCCCCCAAAGCCUUCGGGAAAGAUGUCCACGCUCUGCUCGAAGGGGCAGAGCAAUAUUUAUGAAUGUGCAGGGAAUAAGCAUUGAGGUACAAUAUAUUUCUACAGAAUAUAAGAAAUGUGCAAUAAAUUGUAACUUACACUGAAUGUAUUUUUGGCAUAAAUGGACCAGAUGUGUUUUGAAUGUAGCUACGACAUUGUGUCUAAGCCUGCUGUGAUUCUCAGUCCCUAAGAUAAACGUGUCAUGUUUUGUCAAUCUACAAACCACUUCCUCAGUUGUCUGUUUUUAAAAGACGUGUGAGUAUUUUAUCUGGAACGCUGUAAUAUUUCUGGACUAAGUAUAGCAGUGCAGUGCUAACUUCAACCCUCCUGUUGUGAAAUAUCUGAUCUGUGUACACUGCAGAGUUAUUUUUAAAACUAUUGCUAAAGUUAUUGCUUGAUACUGCAGCUGCCUGGAUGUAAAUAAUGGUUUAGCUGUUGUAUUUUGUAUGCGGAUUUGGGGAAGACGUGGCAAUUUUAAUAAAUUCAGCAUACCUUG